UCUUUUAAGGGAAACCGUACCACCAAAGGGUCUUCGUCAGGAUAUAAUGCCAAGGAAAGGCGUGAAGACGGAAUUGAAAACGACCUCCGCCAAUGAAGUUUCCAAAGAAAGCACAGUUCGUUCUAGGAAAAGAAAGGCAGAUGUAGCCAUUUAUUUGCAAGAUCCAGAUGAGGAAGUUGCCGAAAUGACAAAAAAGAAGCAAUGUGUCACUCAGGCCUGCUGGAGUCCAACCACAGGUUGCAGAAGUCCUUGCAGGCGGAUCCCCACGCCUGACGCCGAAGUCGAGGAACCGAUCGUCUUGAAUGGCCUGUCUUUUUCCCAGUACACCUUAAAAACCCUCUGCAUUACCCCCACCAGGUCCUCUCCUCUACCUGUUCUGUGCUGGGCAAACAAAGAUGAUGUGUGGAACAACCUACUCAAAAAAGACAUGAUAUACUCGAGGGAUGUGAAUUUCAUGGAGAGACACCCACAGCUGCAACCAAAAAUGAGGGCCAUACUCCUGGACUGGCUGAUGGAGGUCUGUGAAGUAUACAAACUACACAGAGAGACCUUCUACUUGGCCCACGACUUCUUCGACCGCUUCAUGGCGACACAAAUGAAUGUGGUCAAAACGCGAUUGCAGCUCAUUGGCAUUUCAGCUUUAUUUAUUGCUGCCAAACUGGAGGAAAUCUAUCCCCCCAAGGUGCAUCAGUUUGCCUAUGUUACGGAUGGAGCUUGCACAGAAGAUGAGAUUCUAAACAUGGAGCUGAUCAUAAUGAAGGAGCUGAAGUGGAGUCUUAGUCCCUUGACAUCCAUAUCCUGGCUAAACAUUUAUAUGCAAGUGGCGUAUCUGAAGGACUCAGGAGAGGUGCUGAUUCCACAGUACCCGCAACCUACAUUUGUACAGAUUGCAGAGCUCCUGGACAUGUGUGUGCUGGAUGUUAAGUGUCUGGAGUUCUCCAAUGGAGUGCUAGCAGCCUCUGCCCUGUUCCACUUCUCCUCCAUGGAGCUUGUGGCAAAAGUCUCAGGUUUCCAGUGGUCAGACAUGGAGCAGUGUGUGAAAUGGAUGGUGCCCUUUGCCAUGUCCAUUCGGGAAAUGGGUAGCUCAGGGCUCAAGACCUUCAAAGGAAUCUCAGCAGAUGACAUGCACAACAUCCAGACCCACGCUCCCUACCUGGACUGGCUGGAGAAGGCAUAUUCCUACCGCCUGUUGGAUGUGGAGAGGAGUCAGCGGUCCCCAGUGCCUUCAGGCGUGCUCACCCCACCUCCCAGCAGUGAGAAGCCGGAGAUCAUUCCAUCCUGA